GUGAAUUGAUCCUAACAAAAUCAGAAGACGAAUAAAAAGAAAAACUUAGUCCAAAGAAAAGCAUCGGUAGUUAGGGCAUGGGAAUGAAGGGGUUUAACGUGAUCGCCGCAUUCGUGGUGGUUUUCUCAUUGCUGAUCGCCGCAUUCGUCGUCUUCUCAUUGCUGUCUUUCGGCGGCCAUGACCAUGGCGAUGGCGAUGCUUCAGAUUUCAAUUCCGAUCCAUCAUUUAAUUUUGAGUUUAAAUCUGGUACAGAAUUUUAUUUGGAUUGCUUAAGGCAUUACGCACGUGUUGAACGUGAAGACUUCUGGCCCGAUAGCCCCAGCGAGGAGGACUUCUUGUCGGAUAUCAACUGGCAGGUUGGCAACGCUUGUAGAUACGGCAUCGAAUCGGUAGAGGACGCUUAUAGGGGUAUUGGUAGGUUGAGCCCUGAUUAUGUAGAAGCCUUGAAUAUUUGGUUCAAGGGUAAUCAAACCUUAACUCAGCUCGAAAUAUGUCGCAUUGAUCCUAAUCGCUGUCCCCAACAUGCUGCCAACUUAUUCAAGUUAUUUUGGGACGGCCAGCUCCCUCCAAUUUCCGUACUCUGGAUAGAGUUCGUGCGGGAGGUCUGCUGGUGUUGGGAAGAAUCACAACCACUACCAAGAAUGCCAUCAAAUGGCCCAAUCGACCUGUCCACUUGUUUGAUUAACCAGAAACUGCACACGGAAGAUCCUCAGAGUCCAUCAGACAUUUCUUCGUCUCACGGAACUAGUAAAGAAGGUUCUGGCAGGAAAGAUCAAGAUCCUCAGAGUCCAGCAGACAUUUCUUCUUCUCAUGGAGCUAGUAAAGAAGGUUCUGGCAGGAAAGAUGAUAGCAAUGAUGCAGCUAAUGUAACAAAGUUGGUGAUGCUUCUGAAGUUGCACAAGAUUAUGCAUGCUCCAAUCACUCUGGUAACUGGAACCACCUACUAUGCCAGAAGACAUGCAUGAAGAACGUCUGAAAGUUGCUGUAGCCUUGGGUGAUUCAUAUAGUGUCGAUGGUUCACAUUCGACUACGGAGAAACGGUCGUCACCCAUCAGUUUGCUGUACACUGGAAAGAUAUUGCUAGCCUUUCUUCUCUUAUUCGUCAUUGGUGCAUGGAAAACCUUCCUAAAAUCAUCUUGUACAUCAGCUCUUCAAUAUGACUAGAACUCAACUCAAAUCUAUAGUUAUUUUUAUUUCUUUAUAUGAUUAUAUUAUGUAUUUAUACUUGUCUUGUCUGGUGUACCAUCUAUGAUAUUUAUUUUUCAUGA